AUUUCGUCGAGGAGGUACCGGUACCUCACCAUGGACGGAACGUGGUGGACAAGCGGUCUUCCUGCCGGCCGACGCGUCGAGGUCGGGUUCCAACCAGCCCAAACCACUCCCGCCGCCGGCCGUUUCCCCGUGCCCCACCACCUGACCUGCGCCGGCCCAUCCUCCCCGCCUGGCCCAAGCCAACGCUGCCCUUGCCGUGCCGAGUACCAGCCGGAUGCCCGGAUCCCCCUCAAAGCACGACCGACAACCCCACGCCGCCGGCACCGCCGCACCACCGAAACUAACCCUACCCAAACCAGAUCGGAUCCGAUCCCCUUCUCCUUCACCAACGCUCCCCUCGCCCAAUUCGCUUCGAUCCGCCGGGACCCAGAUGGACGACGACGACGACAUGUCGCCCUCCUCCUCCCCGUCGCCGCCCUCCUCGGCGCUCCCCGUGGACGGCCCCGUCACCGUCGCCGCUGCGCCGCCGGGCGCCACCAUGGUGGUCGCGCUCCCGAUCCAUAGGACCGCGGCGUCCCUGUACGCCAGCGCCGCCGCCGCCGGCGGCGGGGGCGGCGGGAGGGAGGACGCCUGGAGCGACGGCGCCACCUCCGCGCUCAUCGACGCCUGGGGUGAGCGGUUCGUCGCGCUGGGCCGCGGCAGCCUCCGGCACCCGCAGUGGCAGGAGGUCGCCGACGCCGUCUCCUCCCGUGACGGCUACUCCAAGGGGCCCAGGUCCGAUGUCCAGUGCAAGAACCGCAUCGACACGCUCAAGAAGUACAAGGUCGAGAGGGCCAAGCCGGUCUCCGCCUGGCAGUUCUUCGACCGCCUCGAUUUUCUCCUCGCGCCCACAUACGGCAACAAGCCCGGCUCUAGCGGCGGCGGCGGCGGAGGGCACAACUCUAACAGCCGCGGCCAGAUGCCCUCGGCGCUGCGGGUGGGCUUCCCGCAGCGCAGCCGCACGCCGCUGAUGCCCGCGGCCAAGCGGAGGGCGCCUUCGCCGGAGCCGUCGGUGUCCUCAGACGGCUUCUCGCCGUUGCCGGCGCUUCCUCCGGCGGUGAACGGGAAGAGGAAGAGGCCGGACGAAGGGCGCCCCGACGGUGGCAGCGGCGACGACCGCGCGCGGGGGCUCCAGGAGCUGGCGCAUGCGAUACGGCGCCUCGGCGAGGCGUAUGAGCGCGUGGAGGCCGCGAAGCUGGAGCAGGCCGCCGAGAUGGAGCGCCAGCGCAUGGACUUCGCGCAGGAGCUGGAGUCGCAGCGCGUGCAGUUCUUCCUCGACGCGCAGAUGGAGCUCACGCAGGCCAGGAACCACGUGUCUCCUGCCUCGGCCGCGCGCCCCGCCGCUGGUGGCUCGUCCAGGAGGACGUCCGUGGUUACCGACACCGGCGGCAGCAGCAAUCACCAUAGCCGUUACCGGAUCAGCCAUGGCGACAUGCACCGUCACGCUCCACGCUCCCAUUACCAGCCGCAGUACCAUGGCAACAAUCACGCGGGGGCGGGGGCGGGGGCUGCAAGUGAGGAGGAGGAUGAUUACGAAGAAGAGAGCUAGUAAUUGUAGCCGCGAUUCGCCAUAAUUUAUAUAGGUAUUGCCAUGGAAUUAUUGC